UUUGGGUACACCCCAAAAUUAUAUAUAGGUCCGCUCCUGAAAAUACGUACGGCUGAUCACACGGCAGAUGGGUGAGCCUAGUGGAUCUGCUGCGUGCCUAUAUAACAAGAACUUUCCCUGAAGUUGAAUGACACAAUCCAUCAUAUAUAGCCACAGAUUCCAUGGAAACCAAAGUUAUUUCCAGCGGAAUCCGCCACUCUACUCUUCCUCAAAGUUAUAUCCGACCCGAAUCCGAUAGGCCACGCCUUUCUGAAGUGGCUGAUUGUGAAAAUGUUCCGGUUAUCGACUUAGGCUGCAUUGACCGAACUCACAUAAUUCGUCAAAUCGGCGAAGCUUGUCGAAAUUAUGGCUUCUUCCAGGUAAUUAAUCAUGGUGUACCAAAGGAAAUUGUAGAACAAAUGCUAGAGGUAGCUGGGGAAUUUUUCAGGUUACCAGUAGAAGAGAAGCUGAAAUUAUAUUCAGAUGACCCUUCAAAGACCAUGAGAUUAUCUACAAGUUUUAAUGUUAAAAAAGAGACGGUUCACAAUUGGAGAGAUUAUCUCAGGCUUCACUGUUAUCCUCUUGAAAAAUAUGCCCCUGAAUGGCCUUCUAAUCCCUCAUCUUUCAGGGAAAUAGUGAGCAGAUACUGCACGGAAGUUCGACAACUUGGAUUCAGAUUGCAGGAAGCAAUAGCAGAGAGCUUAGGCUUAGAGAAAGAGUGUAUAAAGGAUGUAUUGGGGGAACAAGGUCAACAUAUGGCUAUCAACUUUUAUCCUCCAUGUCCACAACCAGAACUCACUUAUGGACUUCCAGCUCAUACUGAUCCAAAUUCACUUACUAUUCUUCUACAAGACUUGCAAGUAGCUGGCCUUCAGGUUCUUAAAGAUGGCAAAUGGUUAGCUGUCAAACCUCAGCCAGAUGCCUUUGUCAUUAAUCUUGGUGAUCAAUUGCAGGCAGUGAGUAACGGAAAGUACAAAAGCGUAUGGCAUAGAGCUAUUGUAAAUUCAGACAAAGCCAGGAUGUCAGUGGCUUCGUUCCUUUGCCCAUGUGAUAGCGCGAAAAUCAGUGCUCCAAAACUCCUCACUGAAGAUGGAUCUCCAGUCAUUUAUCGGGAUUUCACCUAUGCUGAAUAUUACAAGAAGUUCUGGAGCAGGAAUUUGGAUCAGGAACAUUGUUUGGAACUUUUCAAGAAUUAAAAGGGCCGUUUGGCUGAUCAGAUAAGGUGGAUCUCCUAGGAUUAAGUUUCAAACUAAAUUUAUACUUUGUUUGGUUGACGGUGGAUAAAUUUGUACCUUCAACCAAACAAAGUAUUAAUUCAAUUUCAAACUUAAUCCCGAAUGUCCACCUUCCCUAAAGGUACUUAUUAAUAAAUAGUAUAUUUUAAAACCCGCCAUUUUUUAUUUGCCCUUUUGCUGAGUUGCCAGCACUUUCAACACCUUUUUGUUGUAGUUUCAAGAUAUAGUUAUGGGGUGGGAGUAAAAUUAGGACGAAAAAAAAGCACACACUAAUUAUAUGCCUAGUCGAUUUACCCAAUUACCUAACUACUCCAUGUCCUGUUUGUUUUGCGAGUUAUUGUCAAGUAGUAUUAGCAAAUUGGUCCGGAGAACUGGACUACCAAACCGUGUUGGAAUUAGGAGGAAUAAUAAGUUGUAGUAGUACUUUUGUAGUUUUCUUUUUUGGCUUCCCUGAUUUUUAUUCCGUGGAAGUUUGCCUGUACCGCGUGAGUUAUUAAACGUUAUGAUAUUAGUAGUAAUAAAUCGUUGUUCAUUAACUUCUUCA